CUCAGCCAAGUCCCACCACUCCAGUGUGUUCGGAUACUGACUCGCUGAAGUACAAGCAGGAUAUUUACUGUGGGCUUCUGAAUCCACUCAAUACAAACUCUCCUUUUUACAAGGCCAUUCAAUGGCAACCUCCCGGAAAGAAAAGAAUUGCUGGAGCGAGCUUUUGACGACUGCGUUGUGGACAACUGUCUGGCCUUUGACCCUGACCUGCCUGUGCGAUGCAGCACACUUUUGAACAUGAAUGACGUCAUCAUCAAGGACUACCACAUCACACCAGAUGACAGUUGGCGCAACAUCACUAACUGCCGUCCGCAAUGCCCGUCAAACCAGGUGUGGACAAUCAAUAGGCUCAGUUGCGAGAAAUCGUGCACCAACCUUCGCCCAGAGUUAACCUGCGAGAACCCGGCAUACUACCCGGGAUGCGAAUGCAAGACCGGGAUGGUAAAGAACAGCCGUGGUGUGUGCGUGGAUAUUUCCCAGUGUAACCAGUGCAUCGUGCGACUCGACCCUGCUGACCCCAACUCUGACACGCAGACCCUGGAGGACGGGGAGACGGUGGUCCUGAAGGAGUGCGUUCUUGCCGUGAGCUGCAAACUGGGAAACGCCACCAGAAUCCUCCUCAAACAGUGUGACCGCAAUGCUGUAUGCGACGAUAACCGUUGUGUCUGUAUGGACGGUUUCCAAGGUGAUGGAUAUACAUGUGUCAGCAAGGCUGAAACAUGUGCCGAGGGCUGGAAGAGUUACGGGCGGAAAUGUCUGCGCAAGAUAGACACAGCCUUGACCUGGGAGCAAGCCUCGCAAGCAUGCUGCUCCUUGAUGGCGGAACUGGCCCGCGUGGACUCGCUGGAGGAGAAGCUUUCCAUCGUCAGCUUCCUGCAGGACAACGCACAACCCACAGACAACUUUCACUUGGCCGGAAACACCGAGAUGGUUCCUAUAGGGUCAAGGAUGAAUCGUUUGCCCUCGUCGGUGGACAAGUCUAAGUACACUCAGCUGACAGACGAGGCCAACCUUCUGGGCUGCUACUACAUCGACAUCAAGGGCAACCAAGGGGUCGGCAACUGUCAACAGCUGCGACCUGCUAUCUGCGAAUACGAUAACCCCGAGAUUGAACAAGUAACACCCACAGGUACCCCUGCAGCACCUGAUGUGGAGUUCUACAUCCCGCAGCAGGGCGCAACCGUGCCGAGAGUGGGGAUGUGGAAUGCCAAGGACCUCUGCCAGAACGCUGGUGCCGGCAGUUUGCCCCAUCCUCGGUCCGAGGCCCAGAACACGCAGCUGCUCAAUUUCCUCAAGACCAGAACACCGCAGGAACUGGGUCAAUACGUUCGACUGGGCCUUGACUUCAGUGGCACCGGUACCACCUUUAAAUGGCUCGACACGGCAGGACAAAACACCUCCUCAGGCUAUACAAAUUUUGCCACUGGACAACCGUUUGACCCCAACAGCCGCAGGGGAGUGGUCAUGGAGGUCAGCACUGGCAAAUGGUUGAGCUGGAAUCAACUCUCUGCCCUCACCGUCGUUUGUCAGCGAAACGCAUCGCUCCUUGUGCAAGAUCCCCGAUUCGUACGACUGGAAGGGAGAGCUGCAAUGAGCCAGGAGCAAGCCAAAAUAGAGUGCGCCAAGGAAGGUCGCGGCCUCCCGAUCAUCCGCACCCAAGAGGACUUCACCCAGCUGGUGGCCGCAUUGGAUGUCAAGACCUACUGGCUGGACGCAGUGGACAUGGGACGUGGACAGUUCCGCUACAGUGACGGCUCUUCACUAGCCAACAGCUACGUGGUGUGGGCGACCAACGAACCCGAUGACCUGGGCAACAGCAAGUGCGUGGCGCUGCGACGUGAUGGCAGCACGUACCGCUUCGUGUCCUUACCCUGCGCCGGAACCACCCCGGCCAGCGUGUACCCCGCCUGCGGCCCGAAAGGAAGAACAACUGCGUACGUUUGGAGUCCUUAUCUCUCGAUUAUCGCCCCUGCCAAGCGAACCGUGGCCGAUAUUUUGCAGGAACGACAACAGACUUUGAAGUUCUCGUGCUCCAAGCCGAUGGCCGUGGACUGCCAGGUGCAGCUGUCUAGUGGCGACUACGUGCCUCUGUUAUCGGUCAGCCCGGCCAGCUCCUGUAAGGUCUCGGACAUCACGUGCAGGAAUCCUGCCGAACAGAACGUUUGUUCCUCGCUGAGGGUUCGAUUCUUCUGCCCCAACGAGGAGGACAUGUGCAAGACUUUACAAAUGGAUUUGGGGAGAAGUCCAUGCGGGGGUGGCAAGAUCUGUGUUCCUGGCAGCAGCGGCUGCUUUUCCUGUCAGUGUCCAGCCGGCACGCAAGAGGACCAGAAUGGCGUUUGUCGGGUUCCAUGCGGUAAAUGUUCCCUGUGGGGUGACCCUCACUACACGACACUUGCGAAUCAGCAGUUUGAUUUCCAGGGUAACUGUACUUACUUCAUCAACGGAGUGUGCGAAGAUGUCAAGGACGGAGACAUCCCACCAGGUGUGCUCAGAUACGUCAUCUACAACAAGAACACCAAAUGCGGUGCGCCGACCAACAACGUGGCAUGCUUUAAAAAACUGGUUGUGAAGUUCUUCAACGUUCCCACCGCCGACGGCCUGCGCGACAUCACCAUCUACAAAGACCGCGAUCUUGCCCCAGUGCUGAUCAACGGUCAAGCCAUGCAGGGCACCAUGUACAGACUGCGGAGCGCCACCAACGAGGAGCUCAUCACCAUCACACGGACCGACUCGACAUCCAUCAGCAUCCGAGCAAUGGGCGGCCUGCAGAUCAACAUGGCCAGCGCCAGCGCCCGGCUGGAGGUUAUCCCCCCUGCCGCGCUGCACGACAAGAUGUGUGGCCUGUGCGGGCAGUGCGGCAGCGCCUCCAUCUUCAAGCUGGGAGACAAGUCCGGCAGAACCAUCAGCAUCGCCAAGAUUGGCACCAAGCUGAACCCGAAGGACGCCCUCACGAUGGGCAACACUUGGCAGCGAUACGACCCUGCCAUUGUCGAUGAGACAACAUGCAAACCAGUCACCGAGCUCGCCCCGGAUUGUUCAUUGGUCAAGGUCCAGGCGGCCCAGCUGGAGUGCAGCCUACUGAAGAACCCCCUGGGUAUCUUCGCCGACUGCUUCUCCGUUGUCAAACCAGACAGCUACUAUGAGGACUGCGUCUACGACAGGUGCCGCGACGCGUCUGACAAAUGUUCCCACCUUCAGAAGUACACCGAUGAGUGCACCUUGAACAAUAUCCGGGUCAACUGGAGGCAGACCGCUAACUGCUCACUUCCUUGCGAGAAGGAAAUGGGGAAGGAGUAUUCCUUCACCGCCAACUGUCAGCGUGAGUGUGGUCAGCUGAUGCCCAUGUGCAGGCAGUCCAUUCCGUCUGAUGGCUGCGUCUGCAAGGAGGGCUUAUUCUACCUUAACGGCAGCUGUGUGACUCAGCGCGAGUGCGGGUGCCCCUACAGAGACGUCACCAUAGACAUGGUCUUACAUCCGAAUGAAGAGGUGUUUGACUCACGCUGUGACACCAAAGUCCGGUGCCAGGCCGGAGGUCAGCUGCAGGUCAGUGACUACAAGAGCCUCAGGGAUCCGAACUCCAUCUGCACAGAUGAUCGGCCUCCACGCAUCACGUGCGCACGCGGCUUCACGCUGGUGGAUCGCAAUGGGACCGAUGCGUGCCAGCGUAACAUCAAUGAGUGUGCCGGCGAGUUUACAAUGGUAGGUGACAGAUGUCUGAGUGUGCCCGUCGACUCUCUCAUCUGGCGCCGAGCUGUGGAGGCCUGCAACGAGCGAAACUCUACGUUGUUCUACGUGGACACCGUCACCAAGUUCAACGCCCUGGUGGGAUUGAUGAGGGAGAAAAACCUCAAAAAGGUGUUCAUUUCCGGCCAGGUAACAGCUGGCCCAAGCGGCACGCUCUCUCCUCUGCUGGACAACACUCAGGGAAGCCUACUCAAGUACCGUAACUUCGCCGUUUCCAAAUUUGUCAGGGACGUGAAGACACUAAUUGCCCCUCUCAACUUCCGCAGCUUUACGCCCCCUACCUUUGCCGUGGCCCUUGUCCUGGAUGAAUCGGAUCAACCGAGGCUGGAGCCUGUGCCGAGAUUCCAGCCUCUCAACUUUGUGUGCGAAGAGAGAACUGAGGAACCGGAGGACUACACCUGGACUAACUACUGCAACUCCGACACCAACCCACAGAUCGACGGAAAUGAUGUGGAGAGAGUCUCUGCUCUUAUAGCGAUGCCCAACUGUAGCAUUUGUCCGGUUCCCACUGGCGCGCAGUGCAGACGAUCCAGCUCUGCAAGUGGCUCUCAGCAGGGUACAUGUGGCUGGGCCAACAAAGUGCUGUACACCUGCGAAAACAACCCCAACUGUGUGGAUAUGGAGGUGUCCGGCCUGUGCCCACCUGAUGUUGACGAGUGCGCCGAGGCCCUGGAAGACUGCCCUACCGGCUCGUCGUGCGUCAACACCCACGGGGCCUACCUCUGCAAGUGUGACAGGGACCCCUACCGACCCCUCAUGGUCAUCAACGAGUGCCAGCAGCGACAGACCUGCACGAUGGAAGGCACCCAAAACUUCAUCUACGACCUGCAGUUACAGACGUUCACCGCCUCUGCUGCUGGCUUCCUGAGCUACGACUGCGCCAUGACCUUUGCCUCUACUGUGUGCAACGGUGCUCCAACCCGGGUUGACGUACCCAACAUUGAGAUCGAGGUGAACAACAGGUGGCUGGGUGACCAUGCAGAGCAGAACAUCAGCGUGAUGAUUACGGCCCCUGACGGCAGGUCCAGCGUCUUCCAGUCUACGCCGUCCGCUAGGGCCCGAGGUGGCAUCCUUGUCAACUCCUGCUUCCGCACCCCUACCUUCGUGGAGAACGGCAUCGUGCGCGUGUACGGCAGCACCGGCGACACCAUCACCCUGGCUGACCCCAACAAUCGCUACAGCAUUGCAAUCCGCCCCGGCAAGGACGGGGGUAUGGCCAGCCUGCACCUGGAGAUCAGCGGUGACUACCUGAAUCGCAUGUGUGGUCUGUGCACGCUAGGGGAGGCCAGCAACAUGGUCUAUAACCUCGACGACCAAACUCUCAGCCAGGUCAGCCGCGGAUCCAGACCAUGUGCGUUAAUAAGAACAACAACGACGCCAGUCCCGACAACUACCACAACCUUGAGGACAACGCUUGUGCCUAUUGUAAUGCCGACCACUCCUCCACCACCACCACAAUCCACUCCAGCCCCCAUCCAAACCGCUCGACCCACAACUCCAGCGCCACCACCACCACCAACUGUAGCACCGGUUAAACCAACCACCCAGCCACUACCACCAACCGAAGAGCCGGCAAGGCAGCCAACGACGACAACUCAGAGACCCACCACCCAACCAACUACACCGCCUACAACAACAACCACUACUACCACCCAGAGACCCACCACAGAAACACGUACAACACCUACAACGACCACAAAGCCACCGCCAACAACACCAGCCCCGGUGGUUUACUGCGAGUUCUGCCAGAAGCUGCACGACAUCUGCUCCGGCAUCACACUUCACUCGUGUCAGCUGGCUGCAUGCGACAUUGGUGACAUCUGCGGCUACAUGGCCAAGCACGCGGACUUCGUGGACUGCGGAUUCAACGCUGUGGAACGUCUGAACGCAUUGUACCUCUCCCAGUGUCAAUCUCAGUGCGAGGCCAUUGACAUGGUGCUGAAGCUGGUGCCAAAAGGAGAGGUGCCCACUUGCACCAACCCCAUCCCCCGCCUGUCGUCUGAGGACGGUUUCGUCACUAUGCAGUAUGAAUGUGCGUGCGACUACGACAAACAUCGCGUACGCCGCGGGAACAGAUGCAUCCCCAUCGCGGAGUGCAACGACUGCAUUCUGGACAACGGCGAUGCCAGAAAGAACGGAGAAGUGUGGAGUGAGUCGACCUGCAGCAACAUCAGCCGCUGCGACCGCGGCGUGGUCGUGACGGAGCCACGUAGAUGUGACAAGGACAGAACAAACUGCGUCAACGACGACGGUUUCUGGCAGUGCCACUGCAAAGAACCCUACAAGGGCUACCCCGAUAUGCCCGGGGGCUGCGUAGAAGGCACAAAUGAAGGCCCGCAAACUUGUUUCCAUAUGGCUGAUGGCCAGGCAGCGUGCUACUGUAACGAAGGAUUUGCUCCAACCUGCAACGGCUGUGAAGACGUGGAUGAAUGUGUUCUGGGCAUACACAAUUGCUCAGCCAGACGCCAGUACUGCAAGAACACCAUCAGCAGCUUCGAGUGUGUCUGUCAGACCGGCUUCCAGCUCACAAUCGACGGGCGAUGCGUCGACAUCAACGAGUGCUACUCCAACCCGUGUGGGGGUGAGGGUGCUGUCUGUGUCAACUUUGUGGGCGGCUACAGCUGUCAGUGUUGCGCAGGCUACGACUCUGUCGGCGGUGGCGUGUGCCAGCGGAACACCGAACGUGUGCCGAUCCUACCCCCCGACGCGCCGUGCUGCGCCCCCUGUCCCCCAAACCAGCCACUGUGCAUCAACCCGGAAACCGGCCCGAUUUCCGGUUGUUACGAGGAGGACGGUCGACGCAAGGAGUACUCUGAGUACCGCUUUGUGUUCGAGGACCUGUGUCUGCGAAAUAAGACUCCCAGCGCCCUCUACUGGACACCAGGACCAUGCCCAGCAACCCCUGGUCCAAACGAAGAGGGUCCGCCAAACUCUGAGCCUUCUAAUCCGUCGUCGCCAUCCAACUGCAACCGCAACACUGCGUGCCGAAACAUUCCGCCUCCAGCUGCCCAGCUGACAGGCAAAGUAUGCGGUCCGGACAGCAACCCUCAGACCUUCAACUCCUACUGUGACAUGCUCAUUGCUUUGUGCAUCAGACAGGGAGGUGCUUCCUCGUUCCGUCCGCCGACGUCUGUCGUCGCCAAACCAGGGGAGUGCUCCUCGACUACCACCCCGCUGCCGGAAACAACGCUGCAACCUCUGAACUUUGACAAUUGGAGCAAGUGGUCACCGUGUUCAUUUGACAGCGAGAUCGCUACGUGUGGCAAGGGCACGUCGUUCCGCCUGCGCACCCUCAUCGACUCCAACCCGCCUCGUAGCCCCCUGCCCAGCGAGCUUCGUCAGGAGGGAGUGUGUUACGUCAGAUGCCCCGACUUCGGUGACACUACCCCUACUCCCUCGGAAAACUGCCCCAAGUUCAGCGACUGCAAAUUUCUGGACUACGUGUGCGGAACGUACGGCAGCAGACCCUUGGCCACGUACUCUAGCGAGUGUAUUCUCAACGUGACAGCGUGUCUGGCUGGCAAAGAUCCCUUUGUCAAGUACCGCACCAAGUGUCCUGCUGAAGAUGAAAAUCCGCGGGAGUUGUGCGAGACGAAGCCUGACCGUAAGCCCACGACAUCGUGUACAGCGAGGAUCCCAAGUGUGUGGCUCGCGGCUUCAGCAGCGCCACCUGCAGUAAUCGUCUGUGUGCGACAGGCCCCUCCAACACUUGCUGCCAACCCAAGCAAGUCGUGUCGGAGCCCAUCACCUACUUAUGCAGCGAUGGCUCCACCAUCGAAAAUGAGAUUAACAUCCCUGUUGCCUGCGAAUGUGUGGCUGAUAACGAAUUUUAAACAGGACAGCAGCAGAGAAGUUCUUCAAAAGCUGCUGUUGUUGGACUCUAAUCAAGAAAAUAAAAGUGUUUCCACACUUUGCUGCUCUUUACUGCUAAUGUCUAACAAAUUUCUGGACUGA